AUUAUAAUUUAUUUUCUUAUUUUUUAUUAUUGUUUUCAAAUUAAAUUAAUAGUUUGGUAUGAUCUGCAGCUUUAAGUUACUAUUUGUUAUCGAGGAGCUAUCAAUUCGAAGUUGCUUGCUUUACUAUUUGGUGGAAGAAGCUUCGAUUUUUCUGUACGACUGGUUUUCUGGGACCAUAAAUACACGUCUCUGAUCUUUGAGUCUUCGUGAGGUCGGAAGUUGGGUUUAGGGUUGACGAGCGAUUAUCCUCGGGAAAAUUACUUUCAGGCGUUGAAUUCAGGAUAUCUAAGUAAUGGCGAAUAAUUCGGCAAACGGAGAAAAACAAACCACAAAGCCUCCACCAACGCCGUCUCCACUGCGUAAUUCCAAGUUUUUUCAGUCCAAUAUGAGAAUCCUGGUUACUGGAGGAGCUGGAUUCAUUGGUUCUCACCUAGUUGACAGAUUGAUGGAAAAUGAAAAGAAUGAGGUGAUUGUUGUUGAUAAUUACUUCACUGGAUCAAAGGACAACCUUAAGAAGUGGAUUGAUCAUCCAAGAUUUGAGCUUAUUCGUCAUGAUGUUACAGAAACAUUGCUGGUUGAGGUUGAUCAGAUUUACCAUCUUGCAUGCCCUGCUUCUCCUAUUUUCUACAAGUACAAUCCUGUGAAGACAAUAAAGACAAAUGUCAUUGGCACGCUGAACAUGCUAGGACUUGCAAAACGAGUUGGAGCAAGGAUUCUACUUACAUCAACUUCAGAGGUAUAUGGAGAUCCUCUCAUUCACCCCCAGCCUGAGACCUACUGGGGAAAUGUUAAUCCAAUUGGAGUUCGUAGCUGCUAUGAUGAGGGGAAGCGUGUAGCUGAGACUUUGAUGUUCGAUUAUCACAGGCAGCAUGGGAUAGAGAUUCGCAUUGCCAGAAUCUUCAACACGUAUGGACCUCGUAUGAAUAUUGAUGAUGGACGUGUCGUUAGCAAUUUCAUAGCUCAAGCACUUCGGGGCGAACCAUUGACAGUCCAGAAACCUGGGACACAAACUCGUAGCUUCUGUUAUGUUUCUGACAUGGUUGAUGGUCUCAUCCGUCUGAUGGAAGGAGACAAUACAGGCCCCAUUAACAUUGGAAACCCAGGCGAAUUCACCAUGCUUGAACUGGCUGAGACUGUUAAGGAUCUUAUCAAUCCCAACGUGGAGAUAAAGACGGUGGAGAACACUCCAGAUGAUCCUCGACAAAGGAAACCAGACAUCACCAAGGCAAAAGAAGUCUUGGGGUGGGAGCCAAAGGUCAAGCUGCGAGAAGGCCUUCCCCUUAUGGAGGAAGAUUUCCGAUUGAGACUUGGUGUCCCGAAGAAGUGAAAAUAAACAAAUGGGAAUCAUUGGCAUUAUAGAGUAGUAGGAAGGCAAGAUUUCAGCGAGAGAUUUUCGAGACACUGUUGUUCUUGUUCCCAGUUUGUGCUUUUGGGUAUUCUCUAUUUCAUUUUCCAUACAAUAGAAAAUAAGUCCUAUUAAUGUGGAUUCUGAGAUGAUAUGGAUCUUUUUCAAAAUUUUAUCAUUCACCAAAUUUAUGAAAAUAGCCGUGAGCAUAGAUGACUGUUACAAUUGGCUCAAAUUUUGUUGAGACAGUGAUCAAUAAAAGUUUUGAACAGGGUUGGUCCUCUAUA